GCUAGCUUCACAUAGAUGAAAUAUACGUGGUGGAGAGAUGUGCUGAAACUCCUUUCGGUUCAUCCAAAAAGAUCUCUCAAGCUGAAAAUAGCAUUCCGAAAGAACAGAAAUAUCAGCAGUGGAAUGAGCAGGCUGAGGCGGGGAGAUGCCUUACGUGGAUCGGCAGAACAGGAUCUGUGGCUUCCUGGACAUCGAGGAGAAUGAGAACAGCGGCAAGUUCCUCCGACGCUACUUCAUCCUGGACACCAAGGAGGGUAGCCUGGUAUGGUACAUGGACAACCCACAGAACCUGCCCAAAGGAGCUGAACAUGUUGGCUCCCUCAAACUCUCUUACAUCUCAAAGGUGAGUGAUGCCACCAAGCUGCGACCGAAGGCGGAGUUCUGCUUCGUCGUCAAUGCUGGUAUGAGGAAGUUCUACCUCCAGGCCAACGAUCAGCAGGAUCUGGUAGAGUGGGUCAACGUGCUCAACAACGCCACCAAGAUCACAGUGCCAAAGUCGGGGGACGGCCAGCCCAGUGCAGAGAUGCCUCAGGAGGUGCUGGGUUCCAUGAAGCAGAUCUCCUAUAAGACUGAGAURAUAGGAGGGGUACCCAUCAUCACUGCCACACAGGAGCAGGGCGACGGGGGGCAGAACGGAGCAGACAGGGGGGGCCUGCGGAAGGCCCACAGCCAGCUGCCCUACUUCCUGGGGCGGGGGUUGCAGGACCAGGCGCUCAUCAAGGCUGGAUACUGUGUCAAGCAGGGAGCCCUGAUGAAGAACUGGAAGAGGAGAUACUUCUUACUGGAGGAGAACGCGGUCAGCUACUUUAAGUCAGACCUGGAGAGAGAGCCACUGCGUGUGAUCCCACUGAAAGAGGUUCACAAAGUUCAGGAGUGCAAACAGAGUGACUUAAUGCAGAGGGACAAUCUAUUUGAAGUGGUCACUAGCUCAAGGACCUUUUACAUACAGUCGGACAGUCCAGAGGAGAUGCACAGCUGGAUAAAGGCCAUCUCUGGAGCCAUUGUGGCCCAGCGGGGGCCUGGACGCUCAGCUGCCUCUGAGCACAGCGACCACACCCCCUCCGCCUUCUACUGUAGCAGCAAUCAGGCGGGACCCCCCAUCCCUCGCUCGCCCAUCCAGGCAGAGCUCCCCUACCACCAGCCCCAGGGGGGCCCGGGCCCUGACCUGGGACAGCCAGGACUUCUUGGGCCUGCUGCCCUGGCGAGGCCACCAGGGGSCACCACCACCGCACCGCUCCCGCCUCUCUCUCCAGGAGACCCCCCGUCUGUCCAAGUGAGCGCCUCGUCCCGUUACCCCACCAACGCCCACCAGGAGGAGCUGUCGCCAUGGAGACGGCGCAGCAAGGUAGAGGGCGACCAACCGGAACUCUCCUCCCUCAGCUUCGAGGACUCAGACCUGCAUGUCAGCCAGGUGUGAGCCUCUAACCCUGACCCCUCCUGUCAGGAUUCACACUGACAGAAAGGGGACUGGACAUAGUGGACAGUCAUCAACAACGACAAGAGGAAAGCCAAUCAAACGUGACCAAUCAGAGCCAACCUGGCCCUCAGGAAGACAGGAAGUGGUCCCUGGCUGUGACCGUUGAUCGUCUACUCUCCCCUGUAUCCAGACCCUCUCUUAACACAGCAAAUGGCGUGAUGUUUCAGGGCAAGGAGAUGCCGUCAGAUGUUCUAUUUCAGUCUCUUUCGUUGUUGAUAUUUCUGUUGGGUYUUGCUCUUUCUCUCUUGUUGUUGGUAUUGUAAUGAUUCCUGAACAUCAUCCCCUCUCCAUUGGCUCAAGAGGUUACAAGAGGUGGACUGGGUUGGCUACUCUGCUGAGAAAGUCACUAAUAAUUUUUUUGUCAUUAUUUCCCACUCCACUUCCUCCUCCCAGGCGUCACUUGAUUUACUGUUAUCGGGGUUGUUGGGACUAAUAUAUAAAAAAAAAAAAGGGGCUAGAUGUUAUUUGUGUUCAUAGUUACGUAAGUGAAAAAGUUAUAACUGUUGUCAAUGAGACGACCCCACUCAUACACAAAAACAUACACGUGUGGUGUAGAUUUGMGUGAACUUUUAACGUGACCAUUUGAGUUCCUAUCCAAAGCAUGCCAUUGUUGAAGCACACCACGAGACAUGGAACCACAUCCUGAAGAUAACUUAGCAGAUGAAUUUCCCUGCCGCUUUCUUACUUUCAGCUACGUUUUUAGAAAGAAAGUGGGUGUUAAGUGUUAUAUUUCUGGUUUUUAUUCAUCAUUCAAAUAGAUACGCUUUGAGUCCUUCUGUUCAUAUGAGAGUUACACCUGUUGUGUUUUAGGCGCUCUCUCGUUCUCCCUCUAUCUCUGUCACACACACACACACACACUGUCACACCUCAGUUUUUUUUUGCCAAAUGAAGUCCUGCACUGUAUUGUACGUGCCUGCCAAUGUUAGCAUGCAUUUGAAUAGAGACUUCUCCCUCAGGAGGACAUAAACAGGACAUGUAUAUGUACAACACAUCUAUAGGCCUCUUGGCAGGGCCUUUCAAAUGGCACUUUGUGGGCAGAUAAGCUGCUCACUGCCCUUGGUCUGUUUUAUGGGUGUUCCUUUGUGGUCCUCUUCUCUUUUCUACUGUGCGACUAUUUUACUACUUUUCCGUACGCUGUGACAGUUUGUGUGUCUGUGGGMAGGCGUUCUGUGCCUCUCAGCUGUACUGUUCCUGUAACUUGUUACUGUGUUGCACACCUCUACUGUAUAGCUGGUAAAGUGCCUGCGUUCUCUUUAUAGAGAGAAGGAAAAAAAUAAAGAUAUUUUGACCCUUUUAAUUGUGUACCUGAUGUUCUGAAUCAUGUGCAUUAUUUAUUAAGUGGAGUUUGAAAAUAAAUCAAUGGAUUCAA